AUGCACCGGAAAAUCUUGUACACUGUACCAGAUUUCCAUUACUGUCUCCUGGUGACGUUGCUUGACGGGCAUGUCACGCGGACCCGAGUGUCUGCAACCGGGUGGAAAAUCCCCGAGUGGCUGAUGCUGGACUUUGACCGUGCAAAGCCAUCAUCGCACAGCAUAUCCCAUCGCCAUGACACCGCCGGUUCACCGGCGGAAGCGCUGGAGUGCAAAGACCAAAACCGGGUGCUCAACUUGCAGGAUAAGACGCAUAAGGUGUGA